AUGAGUGAGUCGCCAAGAUCCGAGAAGUACCAGACUAGGUACAGCACGCCUGCGCCAGAACUGGAUGACCACCGCUUCCAGGCCGAGUCUCUCCCCAGAGCGGAGGCAACGGCAGAGGUUGUGCUUAGUUGGCAGGAACAGUUGCAGCAGGCGCGCCAUGCGAUAGAAGGAAACCUGAAUUUCCGCCGUAUCAACGAAGCCCUGCACCAUGAUGCGGGUCCUAUCACCAGAGAUUUUGAGAAUGCAGUUGCCGAUGAUGAGCCCAGUGGCAUUGUGGAAAUACGUCCACCUGUGAACCCUAUGGCUGUUCGGUCGAGCGCUCAGAGACGCAGCUUCACGGUCCCGGACCGCCCGAGCCGUUCCCGGGCUUCGUCGACCUCGAGUGCGUCAACCUCCCCGCCGAACUCUGUCGAGGCGUUUGCCGAGCCCCGCCGCCGUGGACGUGCGAAUACCAUAGAGAGCCAUACCCCUUUGGACGUAGAUGUUGUUCUCCAGAAGACUAUGUCCACUGGCACCCAACACCGUCGCCCGACGUUUAGCAAUGCCAGCGCCAUUGGCGAGGAGAGCAUGGACCCGAGAGCCAACCUCAAUGAGGAUGCGGACGUGUGUUUUCCUCCAUACGAUGAACCGGGAAAGACUUCCAUCAUCGACUUUGAGGAAUUGGAGGAAUUCGUUGCCCUUAGCAAACGGACGAGCCCAGUCCACCAACAGAUGUGCCGCAUCGACCACCACCACCGUAAACAGAGCUCGAGCUCGCAGAGCAAGCCCCGCAUCUUUCACGAUCUGCGACCUAAGUCUCAGUCUACGGAUGUCCCCAAGAUUUUCAAGCGCCCAUCGACUACUGAAAACAGCUCACCUGACUUCGUCGACCACAUUACCCACGAUCUUGAGAAGGAAGUGAGCAACACUGCCGAUGAGAAGGAGGUCAAGAAUCUCUACAACGAGAAUGAGCGCAAUCGUUUCAGCUUCUUCUCAUCGGAGUAUCAGAACACUGUCCAUGCUUGCGAAUUGGGCGCUCUGGUGCUUGAAGGAGAGACUUUCCGUGACCUGUUCCAUCUGGGUCCGGAGGGAGGAGUAUGGUGGCUCGAUAUUCUCAACCCAACUAAUGAAGAAGUAGGAGCUAUCUCCCGAGCGUUCUCCAUCCAUCCUUUGACAGCGGAGGAUAUUAUGACUCAGGAAGCUCGAGAGAAAGUGGAAUUGUUCAAGCAGUAUUACUUUGUUUGUUUCAGGACGUUCUUCCAGGAUAAACACCAUGAGGAUUUCCUGGAGCCUGUGAACCUUUAUAUGGUUGUUUUCCGCGAGGGAGUGAUCUCCUUCUCAUACACUGAGAACCCCCAUGCGACCAAUGUACGGAAGAGAAUUGGGAAACUGCGCGACUACGUUUCCCUUAGCAGUGACUGGGUUUGCUAUGCAAUGAUUGACGAUAUCGUCGACAGCUUCGGCCCCGUCAUUCGUGACGUCGAAAUCGAAUCCGAAGCAAUAGAAGACCAAGUCUAUAUCGCACGUGUCGGGGAUUUCAACGCCUUCCUCCCGCGAAUCGGCGGCUUACGCAAAAAGGUGAUGAGUCUCAUGCGCCUGCUAGGUGGGAAAGCGGAUGUCAUCAAAGGCUUCUCCAAGCGCUGCAACGAGCAGUAUUCUGUCACUCCACGUGGUGAUAUCGGCCUCUACCUCGGCGAUAUCCAGGACCACGUCGUCACUAUGAUGUCCAACCUUGGCCAUUUCGAGAAAAUGCUUAGCCGCUCGCAUACCAAUUACCUGGCCCAGCUUAAUGUUACGAAUCUUAUGCUGGGGAAUCAUGUCAAUAAGGUCUUGAGCAAGAUUACAUUCCUGGCGACGAUUUUGGUGCCGUUGAACUUGAUCUGUGGCCUUUUUGGCAUGAACGUUCCUGUCCCAGGGGGCCAGAGCCAUGGUUUUGGUUGGUUCUUUGGUAUUUUGGGAGCUAUCAUGUUGAUUAUUGUUAUUAGCUUGGUGAUGGCUCGUCGGUUUAAGCUCGUGUGA